AUGAAAACCACCAUUAGGGGCGUGGUUCUGAAGGAGUGUCUUUCACUGCGGACUCUCAUCGCUAAAGUCGUCGGCCUCACCGCCUCACUCGGAACUAGCCUGCCAAUUGGCAAAGCGGGUCCGUUCGUGCACAUUGCCUGCAUGGUGGGUACGCAGCUCUGGAACGUGUUCUCUCGCUUCAAAGGAAUAUGCCAGAACAAGUCCCGCAAGACGGAGAUGCUGGCGGCGGCCGCGGCUGUGGGUGUCGCGUGCGCCUUUUCAGCCCCUGUUGGAGGCGUGCUUUUCAGCAUCGAGGUCACGUCAGAAUACUUCGCCGUACGCAACUACUGGCGCGGCUUCUUCGCCGCUUUCUGCGGUGCUGUUAUGUUUCGUCUGCUCGCNACAACUAAAUUGCUGACGAAUCACCAAAUAAAUAUAAUUUUUCAACUUGUCUGCGGACUUCUAGGGGCGCUGUUUGUAUUCGUCCACCGAAAUUACGUGCUCUUCAUGCGGCGCAACAAGACGUUCAAGAACUUCUUCCAGAAGUACCGCCUGAUGUACCCGUUCCUGGUGACGCUGGCGUAUUCUUUUCUCACCUUCCCCGUCGGGUUCGGGCGGUUCGUGGCUGGUGAACUAACAAUCCCAGACCAGAUGGCGAGUUUGUUCAGAGUCACGUUUUCGAGCGACCAGCACAGCCCUGAGGAGUUCGCGAUCGUUCAGCACUGGAGGACGCCCUGGACAAGCGUUUUCGUCAACCUCACCUUGUACAUUAUAUUGAGUUUGUUUGGCCUGGUGAUCGUGAGCACCUUACCCGUCCCUGCGGGCGUCACCAUCCCAUUCCUGAGGAUCGGCGCUGGCAUUGGUCGUCUCAUCGGCGAGAUAAUGGCCUACUCUUUUCCGACGGGGAUUGGCUCUGGCGCCUUUAUUCACUCCGUAAUUCCAGGCGCGUACUCUGUAGCAGGAGCAGCGGCAUUCACGGGCGCGACGACGCACACCAUCUCCACGUCAGUGAUCCUCUUCGAGCUCACGGGGCAGAUAACGCACCUAGCGCCCGUCGUGAUCGCCGUGUUGAUAGCAAACGCUGUAGUAAAUUUGUUCAACCAACCCGGAUUUUACGACUCGGUCAUCCUUCUCAAGAACUUGCCGUAUCUGCCUACGAUCCUGCCGUCUGGCCUACACGAUGAAGAUAUUUGCGCUGAACGUUUCAUGAAGAAGGCAAUCAAAUAUGUCUACUACGGCAUCUCCUUUAAUCAGCUUCGUGAUACGCUGCUGGAGACUCGUAAAUUGCGCUUACUUCCCAUCGUCAACUCACCAACAUCAAUGAUUCUACUGGGGACCAUCAAGCGCGACGCCCUCUUCUCGCUGCUGCAGACCAAGCUGGAGCAACGCAGGGCCGCGGAGCUGCUGCGGGAAGGCGGGAGCCCAGCCGCUAAGACGAAGAAAGUCUUCGACUAUUUUCCUCGGCCACAUUUUCUUUCGUUGAGGAAGCAGAGAAAUACGCGCCUUAUGCAACGAAGAUCAAGCAGUCUGCAGGACCUCAGUGUGCUGCGAAGGUCCGUCAAGUUUCUACCUAUAAAUACCAGUUUACCUGCGCAGCGUGAAGGAGAUACGAUCUUCUCUGCUUCAUCCAUUCAAUCCUUAAAUAAUGUUAUCAACGUAGAGUCGCCGACGGGCCUUACAUCGGAUUCACUCAAAAAAAUUACCUCUGUCAACACCACCAUUCCUGUGGAGGACCCAGCACAGUCUCAAUCAAUGGUGACGGCGCAGAACGAGACGGACAAAGCAGAAAGCAGCUCUGAGGCGACAUUGGACGCUUCUAAAAUGGUCACUGGGAUUGACACUUCUUCAACUUGCGAAGCGAUCAAACCCGCUCGGCGGGAUUCUGAACUCUCUCAAAGUUCUGCUGGGGACUCUCAGGAAUCUGUAGACCAAGACACCGUGCAGCCCGCACCUGAGAGAAGAGGUUCAAGAUUCUCUGUAACUAAAGUUAUGACGCCCAUUUGCUUGACUCCUGAAGCCACUACUCGAAUGGAAUGUUUUGGUGAUGAUAGUAAGCUUGUCUCACCGGAGCUUGUAGCCGUGAUACAGAAGAAGAUGAGGUCCACAACGAGGCCGUGCCAAAGCAUCCUCAAGAGAAGGGCCAGCGGAGGCCAUCGAUGCUCGACUCAGUGGAGAGAUUCAUGCUCUACAUUCCACGCUUAUGCUUCCAAAAACUUGCGCUCAGCUGUGGAUACUUUAAGGAAGAAAGUGAAGAGGAUCGAGGCUCCUGCAGUCAUUGUAAAACCCAACUUAUCAACGGUGAUGGAGGAGUUUUUGUUGUCGCCGUGGCUGUGGGAGGACAAAGCCUACGACGACAUCGUGGAUUUCACCAACUGCCCCAUCGAUUCUUCACCAAUUCAGCUGGCAGAGAGUACCCCACUUUUCAAGGUGAUGGAGGAGUUUUUGUUGUCGCCGUGGCUGUGGGAGGACAAAGCCUAUGACGACAUCGUGGAUUUCACCAACUGCCCCAUCGAUUCUUCACCAAUUCAGCUGGCAGAGAGUACCCCACUUUUCAAGGUACACUCGCUGUUCUCGAUGCUCGGGCUGAGUCACGCCUACGUCACGGUGCUAGGACGACUCAUCGGCGUCGUCGCGCUCAAAGAAUUACGCGCAGCCAUCGAAGCCAUCAACAACGGCACCCCGCAGCCCAACGACGACGUCGGUCCCGACGAAGGCGUCGACGCCGACGACGAAGAAAGCAACGUUGCGCUCAUGGCACAGAAUUUAGCGCCAAAAUAAUCGGAAUAACCGCCGAUGCAGACUCAGAGGAAAGGGCAUAUAUAGCAGCAUGUAUAAUUUUUCUUAGUACGAACUAUGCUAUUCAAUGAGGAUGCGAGUUUCAAAUUAUGAAUCAAAAUUAUUUCAUUAAA